GUUCUUAUGGCGCUAUCAGCGAGAAAAUGAAAAUUGUCGUUACAUGCGCGUAUGCACCUAAUCUUCGACGGAAGUGAAAAUAUGGAAGCACUGUAUAAUAUUUAGUAUUUAAGAUUGAAGAUUGGACACACAUUGCUACAGGCGGAUGUCUAGAAACAUUGUCUGUUGCUCCUCGCUUCUGGCAUCAUUGCUUGCAUUAGUGGGAGCAGCCUGCCAGUCGGAGCAGCCGCACUGCAAUCAUCGUCGUGUAUCGGAUUGUUUGUCAAUAAUCCACCUCAUCGUCUGUUCGAGUACGCCUCUUGUCGCAGUAGAUCGUCGGCGAUCACGACGAUAUGACGCCUGAUAGCAAUAACAACGUUAGGAACAGCGGCACAGCGUCAUACGCCAUACAGGAGUUCUAAAAUAAGUUUCGCGAGUCUUCAUCGUCGACACGUCGCUGAUCGACACGCUGGAAUGCGUGAACGCACGACGAAGCCUAGUGAACAAACUGGUGCGCGCGUGUGACAUUCACCGAAGUUACAGACACACAUAUACACGCACGGUGCGACGAUGUGUCCGUCGAUCAACUCCAUCUGUUCCGUCGUGCGGAGGAGUCGCGUCGUUCCAUGACCGGCGUACACCAGGACUGAAAGCCUGAAAAUACCCCAGGAAUGCUCGUAACGAGAAACGAGUGUUUUUGUCACGCCGAGAAAGUAUAUUGUUUCGAGGAGAGUGCAUCGGAUUGCACCAGAGGAAGCUGCCAAAAGCAGACAAUUAUUGUCGGACUUCCGUCAUAGCGGACACACUCUGUUUCGGUGUUAAGCGAGCACGAUGCGAUUUUUAGUUGUUAUUUAAUUAUUAAUGCUCCGAAUUAUAGAAAGUUACUGGUACAAUAUCAGUAUUCGACUCAGAGCCAGUCAGGACGACGCAGUCUGAGUUUUGAUUAAUCAAAUAAUAUAUGAGCGAUAUAAAAGUUCUAUAAUAGCAGAGCGACGUGUUAAUCGAGUACAACGAUUUUGCUGCACCGGAGACGAGGGGCAAUAACGUUGGAAAAGUUGUGUGGUGCCGAAUUCGUCAUCGGUGAACAGCGAGUAUUUACUAGAAAAAAAUGUAUAAUGUCAGAGUAAUACAAUAUAGAGACAUAGGUGGCAAAUACGGGGCAAUCGAAUAUAAUAGACUGCUGUGUAUCUCGCUUAGUUGAUGUACGGAACAUCGUUGUAGAUACUCGUCUAGCGCUUUUACUGCAUAUCCUUAGUCUCGCUUUGUCGGAAAACAUCCAGUGUUCAUAAAAUCGCAAAAUUUUCAUGAGGCCGAAGGUGCCUCAAAAGAGGGGAAACUUUCUUUUGAGAAGGUACAGCGUUCUACAAUUGACUUUAACGAACAAUGAACCAUUCGGGAAGCGGAAAACGCCAGGCGAAGGUUUUGGAAGAAAAUUAUUGGGACUGCAGUGUCUGCACUUAUAGAAAUACAGCAGAAGCAUUUAAGUGCCUCAUGUGUGACGUCCGCAAGGGAACCUCUACGCGGAAACCCCGCAUAAACCCCCAAUUGGUAGCUCAACAGGUUGCGCAGCAACAAUAUGUGCCACUGUUGAAACCAGGCAAGAAGGAAGGAAGUGCUGGCAGCACAACUAGCGGCGUCAAGGAAAAGGAUCGCAAACUGGACAAACCGAGGCGUAGGAACAGGCAUCCGCCUCGUCUGAAAAACAUCGAUCGCAGCACUGCGCAGACGAACGAGGUGACAGUUAAUAAUGUUACUGUUACUAUUACCGAAUACAAGCCCAAAGUGAAGAAGGGCUCGGACCAGUCGAGCAAUGCUAGCUCCGAGGGCGGCAGCCAACAUGAUUCCAGUCAAGAUUCAAGAAGCCUUGACGUAGGGACCGACGUCUAGCUUAAUGCUAGUGUUACAUAUGUGUACGAAUCGUUCUAAUUAAUAUAUUGUACGACGUAUGUGUAUGUUAUUAACUUUUAUGGUCAUCAUUGUACAUCCUCUAGAUAGCAAUGACCAUUGUCGACUGUAAUUCUUCGCUAAUUUGUCAUUGCAUUGCAGAUCGGUGAGAUGAGACAUUUUAAUGAGUCAUGCCGUCAAUGAGGAUAUUGACUGUACGUGAUUCGUAUAUCAUGAUUUAACGAAAGAAUAAAUGCAUACAUUGUAUAUCAUCGUUUCACUUGUUGCGCGAGGUGUUGACAAUUCGCGUUGGCUUUCCACGCGAGAGAAACUGUACUUAAAAACGCUUAUUUUACGAAACGUCGGCUCUUUUAAUCUACAACAUUUAUCAAGAGAAAAGUUUUUAAUGAAUUUAUUUAAAGUGUCUAUAUGUGACAUACUCUGCGCUAGAUUUAAAUAAAAGGGAAAAAGUUGUAAAUAUUUACGGAAUAUUGUCUGUCAGGUGACAAUUUUAUGAGCCAUUGUUGACAUCCUCAACUUUUAUUGAAUUUACGAGACCACUGCCAGAAAGCGUGUCGUAAGACUGUUACUCUUUAGACUUUGUUGACAGGGCAACGAGAUACGAUGUAUGGAUUUCGUUUUUGAUUUUGCUUUCUUAUAUAAUAAUUACCAGCGUGACUGGCACUGGUACACAUGUA